CCCUAUCAUCGCCUCUCACCUAUUUGCAUCUGCACACCUCCUUCACCAUCGCGAGCUUCGCAUCAUGUUUUGCUUCUCGAAGACAGCUCUGCUCUUCGGCUUGGCAACACUGGCAGCGUCCGCUCCUAUUCCCGUCAAGCGAGAAGUCGGCGUGCUGCAAUGCGACACGGUAUGGACGGGUACGCUGACCUUUGAAAGUUCCAGCAGCAGCAGCAGCAGCAGCAAGGGCAACGCCGGUUUCGUCGGUGUCAAAGACGGUCAAGGCUUGCCCGUUCUCGUCACCAAGAAUGCGAAUGCCGCCCUGACACCGGUGGAACCGCAACGAUUCGACUUUCAAAGAUGCACGAGCAAUAGGACGCCUGGAUUUAUGGGAUACGCAGAUACCGAUCAGGUCGUCUAUGGACAUUUGAGCCCCGUGAAUGAAGAGGAAAAGUGCGUCACACGGACUGCCGAACGCUUCGUCAGCGAUGGCUGCAGCUUGAGCGACGAUAGUUCGCAAUUGCUUCAGUAUUUCAAGCUGAAUGUGCAGAGCGGCAAAUUGAGCUUCGUGGGCGUGGAAAAGUCAGCAGAGCCUUCUCGGCGCAACACAAAGUACGGCAUCCAGAUCAGCUCAAAGAAGCACGGCAAGGUGGCUCCAAGGAAGAAUCAGCCAGAUCAAGUGACGCUAAAGCUUUCCAAGUGAAGAGCCCAACGCGCUUCUCCCAUCACGGACCACAUCUCAUCGUCGUGCCCGGUCCCUUUCUAUCCCCCCCUCCCUUCUGGG